UUGCAAAUGGACGUGAUCGACACGCAACCCAUGGAAACGCUCGUCGAACGGCACGAUAGACUACAUGCUGUACAGGAAGUCCGUAUUCCGGUCCCUUUCGGUGAGCUAGCCGGCAAGUGGUGGGGUCCAAAAAAUGUUCGUCCGAUCGUGUGUCUUCACGGAUGGCAAGAUAAUGCCGGUUCGUUCGAUACCCUUAUUCCUCUGCUACCAUCCCACAUGAGCUUCCUAGCGUUGGAUCUACCCGGACACGGUUACUCAUCACGCAUCCCGGACGGAAUGACCUACCAACCGAUGAACAUCUUCUACCUACUCAACUUCGUAAUGCACGAGUACGGAUGGAAAAAGAUCUCACUCAUGAGCCACUCGAUGGGUUCGGUACUCCAUUACCCGUACGCAGCCAUCUUUCCUACCCGUGUCGAUUUUCUCAUCUCAAUCGACGCUCUAAAGCCACAAAUCUUUCGCGACGAAGUGCUCGUUUCAAUGCUGAGUGAACUAACGCCCGAACAUUUAAAAGCGGAUCUACGAAAUCAGGAAAAAUCGGAACCACCGUCCUAUACGUACGAAGAAACGGUCGAUCGGCUUUACGAAGGUGCAGUGAAUUCGAUUACGCGCGAGUCUUGCCCGUUUCUGCUCCAGCGCAACAUUCGCAAAUCGGCCAAAUUCCCGGACAAGUACUAUUUCGCACGCGACAGUCGACUAAAGUAUGGGUUUGGAUUUUUGUGGUCACAGGAGGUAAACAAACGGCUGGCACAAAACCUUACGAUGCCGUUUCUGUUUAUCAAAGCGACCGAAUCACCGUACUGGGAGCGGAAGCAGUACUACGAUGAAGUGGUGGAAAUUUUGGAGCGUAAUAAUUCGAGAUUUGAGUUGAGGUAUGUGGAAGGAACACACCAUGUGCAUCUGUCCCAUCCGGAACGGGUAGCGCCGGUAGUGACGGAUUUUUUGAACCGAUACUGGCAGAAGGAUGAGGAAAUGGCGAGCAAGCUGUAG